CCGCUGCAGAACCCGCGGCUGGUGGCCAUGUCGCUGCCGGCGCUGGCGCUGCUGGGGCUGGAGGAGCCCGCGAGCGACCGUGAGGAGGCGGAGGCCGAGGCGGCGUUGUACUUCAGCGGGAACCGGCUGCUGGCGGGCUCGGAGCCCGCGGCGCACUGCUACUGCGGGCACCAGUUCGGCAGCUUCGCGGGGCAGCUGGGCGACGGCGCAGCCAUGUAUCUGGGCGAGGUGCUGGGCCCGCGGGGCGAGCGCUGGGAGAUCCAGCUCAAGGGCGCCGGCCUCACACCCUUCUCCCGACAAGCUGAUGGCCGGAAGGUCCUGCGGUCGAGCAUACGGGAGUUUCUGUGCAGCGAGGCAAUGUUUCACCUCGGAAUACCAACAACGAGGGCUGGAACGUGUGUGACAUCGGACUCAAAAGUUGUCCGUGACAUAUUUUAUGAUGGGAAUCCAAAAAAUGAAAGGUGUACGGUUGUUCUGCGGAUAGCUUCUACGUUUAUAAGAUUUGGUUCAUUUGAAAUUUUCAAACCUCCUGACGAAUACACAGGACGCAAAGGCCCCAGUGUUAACCGCAAUGAUAUUCGAAUACAGAUGCUUGAUUACGUGAUCAGCACUUUCUAUCCAGAAAUCCAGGAGGCUUAUUCAGACAACAGUAUUCAGAGGAAUGCUGCUUUCUUCAAAGAGGUAACAAAACGGACAGCGAGGCUAGUAGCUGAAUGGCAAUGUGUUGGGUUUUGCCAUGGUGUGCUGAAUACAGAUAACAUGAGCAUAGUUGGACUAACCAUUGACUAUGGCCCUUUUGGAUUUAUGGACAGAUAUGACCCUGAGCACAUUUGCAAUGGUUCUGAUAACACAGGGCGCUAUGCUUACAACAAGCAGCCAGAGAUUUGCAAGUGGAACCUGGGGAAGCUUGCUGAAGCUCUAGUUCCAGAGCUGCCCCUGGAAAUAAGUGAACUCAUCCUGGAAGAGGAAUAUGAUGCAGAAUUUGAGAAGCAUUAUUUACAGAAGAUGAGGAAGAAGCUAGGCCUGAUCCAGCUGGAAUUAGAAGAAGAUAGUAAACUGGUAUCAGAACUCCUCGAAACUAUGCAUCUCACAGGUGGAGAUUUCACAAACAUUUUCUACUUGCUGAGUUCAUUCUCAGUGGUAGACUCUGAUCCUUCAAAACUGGAAGACUUCUUAAAAGAGGUUACAAGUCAGUGUGCUUCUGUGGAUGAACUGAAAGUUGCUCUCAGACCACAGAUGGAUCCAAGACAACUGUCAAUGAUGCUGAUGCUGGCUCAGUCUAAUCCUCAGCUGUUUGCACUAAUUGGAACAAAAGCCAAUAUAAACAAAGAGCUAGAACGCAUUGAACAGUUCUCCAAACUGCAGCAGUUAACAGAAGAUGAUUUACUCAGCAGAAAUAAAAGACACUGGAAAGAAUGGCUGCAGAAAUACAGAGACCGUUUGCAAAAAGAAAUAGAAAGUGUCAGUGAUGCUGAUGCUUGGAACACUCAUCGUGUGAAAGUUAUGAAUUCCAACAAUCCAAAAUAUAUCCUGAGAAAUUAUAUUGCCCAGAAUGCCAUAGAAGCAGCUGAAAAUGGGGAUUUCUCAGAGGUAAGAAAUGUAUUGAAACUAUUGGAGAAUCCAUUCCAAGAAGCAGAAGAUUUCAGGGAGGUAAAGGAGGAUGCAGAAGAGGAGGGAGCAACUGCUGCAGCAGCUGCUUGUGCCCAAGAGAACAGAAGCAGAUUACCCUAUAGCAGUAAACCUCCACUGUGGGCUUCAGAGCUCUGUGUUACAUGA